GAGAUAUUCUUUUGGGCCAUGACCCAAUCCCAGCAGCUGUCUUUCUCUAGAUUUUCGGCUCACAAACUUUUCCCAUUCACCCAAAAACCAAACCUUUCAUUUCUCACAGAGAUGGCUAUGUCCAGCCUUCUCUCUCCCAUAACCCCUCUGCCCCUCUCUCACUGCAAACUCCUCCUUCACUCACCCUUGUUCUUCUCUCUCAAGCAACAAUCUUUCCUCACUCUCACCAAUAUUUCAACCAAACCCACCAAGAAAAUCAAACCCAGAAGACCCGUGACCACCCAAUCCAAGGGUAGCGACGAGUCAGUGGAUGUCCCUGACCGGUUGAUCUCAGCCGUCUGUUACUUCUACCCCUUCUUUGAUGGCAUACAAUAUGGCAAGUAUGUAAUUACUCAGUUCACUGCCAUUCAGAUGCUCAUCCAACCCUUGAUACCAGCUAUAAGGGUCUUCAAAAGCUUCCCUUUCAAUGGGUUUUUGGUGUUUUUAACCCUUUACUUUGGUGUUGUUAGGAACUCCAGUUUUAGUAGGUAUGUGAGGUUCAAUACUAUGCAAGUUAUUGUGCUUGAUGUGCUGCUGAUUUUCCCUGAUCUUGUGGAGAGAAGCUACAACCCAAAAGAUGGGUUGGGAUUGGAUGUGCUGAUGAGCUUGGAUAGCACCGUGUUUCUCUUCCUUUUGGUGUGUUUGAUUUAUGGGUCUGCUUCUUGCUUUUUGGGUCAGGUGCCCAGAUUGCCCAUUGUAGCUGAAGCUGCUGAGAGGCAAGUUCCUUGAGCUAUUUUUGUAGCCUAUUGUUGUUUUUGUUAUGCUGGGAAAUGGCAACAGAUAAUUACAUUUUGAGUCACAAUUUAUGUUUAUGCUUUUAGCCAAAAGAGAAAGAAGCUUAUAUGGUAGUAGAAUGUUGUUGUUGUUGUAAGGGACAGUCUCGGAUAAGUAUUUAAGUUAAGGAUUCGUUACAUACUUCUAAUCUCGGCCAAUACACAUUUAAUGAAUGUGUUUUAUU